GAGCGAGGGAGCGAGCGGGGGAUCCCUGAGGGGCGUCCUUCCUCCUUUACCUGCUCUCCCCUUCCGCUGAUCGCACCUGUCUCUGGAAACCAGGGAUCCGAACGCGAUCGAGAGUUUUGUUCUGAGGAAAACGCACGUAACUCCAGAUGGCUGGGUCAGGUACAGGAAGAGGACGUACUGCAUUUACCUUCAACAUUGACGCUCUUGGCUUUGGUAAAGGUGCAGCUCUGCCUGAUACCGUGUCUAAGCCUCCACCAACAUAUCCUAGUACAGAAAAUAAGCCAGUGCCUCUGAAAACAGGAGAAGAUGAAGAUUACAUGUUGGCCUUAAAACAAGAUCUUAGAGCAACUAUGAAACAAAUGCCAUAUUUUUUGGCAGUAGAAGAAGAUCGUGAAGUAAUUGAGAGGUAUCGUAAAAAGUACCAGAACAGUGGAAAGGAGCAUCAAACAUGGACCCCGGAUUGGAGAAGACUCCCAAGAGAGGUGAAGCCAAAGAAAAAGACCAAAAAAGGUGCAAACCCAAAAAAGGCAAAAAGUUUUGAGUCUAAAAGUAAUCUGGAUGUGUUGAAAAAAAUUGAGGAGUUAGAAAAGAAAGAUGAUGAAGAAGAAAAAUCUGAAGAUGAGGAAGACAAGAAAGAAGAUAAACCAAAAGACAAAGAAGGUGAUGAUGAUGAAGAACAACUAGAGGAAGAUGAUGAAGAGGAGCAUGAAGAGGAAAAUGACUACAUUUCUUCAUAUUUUGAAGAUGGAGAUGACUUCGGUGAUGGCAGUGAUGACAAUAUGGAUGAAGCAACAUAUUAGCUGUUGUUGCUAAGUGGUACACUGCUCAAGCCUUACACUACUUGAAGUAGAAUUCUGGAGGUAGGCUGAGUAUCAACAGAACUAAUGCUUUAGCUCUGUUGGUUUUAAGUAUACUCUCCAAAAACACACUGAACAAUUAUUUUUAAUUGUACUAUGCUGUAAAACAGGAUGUGGGAUCCUUUGUUUUGUUCUUUUGCCAAAUGUUCUGCAGACGUGCGCCUUUUUAAGGUUCUCUGGAAUGUCUACUGAUGGAGUAAGCUAUAUGCCAUUGUGUUGCCUCUGCACAGAAGAAGAAUGUAUGCAUUUUAAUCAAAAUUGUGCCUAAGCAUUUGCACUAGUCAGUUCUAUGCUUCAGCAGUCAAAUCUUGAAAGUAAUAGUGAAAUUCUUGAUGACUGCAGCAAAAAAGAGACAUGGCCUUUAUGGGUGUAAGCUGCUGUAUUUGGCAGCUGACUUCUCUGAAGGAAUUUAUGUAGCUUCUGAAUUCAGGUGACAAAUUGACAACUAAGCACUUUAAUAUAAAGUGACUUGAAAGGACCUUAGUAAUAUAGACAAAAAACAUUAUGAGAGUAUUUUGAAGAGCUAUUAUUCUAGUUAAAAGAACUCAUAAUUUUUAGUAUUUUGGUAAAAAGGACUAUAAUAUUUAAUUGAAUCAUAAUUAAAUGUGAAUCAGCAUAAGUAGUAAUUAAGGGUCAUUGAAUUUAGAAUGAAUAUAAGGCAGAAUUUAAGACUGAGAAAUUAUGGAAUUCUGGUUUUCACCAGUGGCACACAGACAGUGAAGAGAAGUUCAGUCGUUCACCUCAGUUUCUCUGCCUCUUAAGGCAAUACUAACUUUCUUACCUCACAGACCUGUUAAGUGAGAUGGCAGAUGAUAGCUAGCUAUGUAAUUGUUAAUGCAUUUAUUCACUUUCCUACAGAACAAACACAACAGAAACUUAACAGACAGCAAAUCAAUACAAAAAAACCAAAGAUGUAGGAAAACAAUGUGGUGAAGUAUUUUGAUGGAUGAGGUUUUAGUUAGGAAAACAAAACAAGAAUGCUGAGAAUAACAAAACCAGAAUGUUUGGAACAUCAGUUUUAUUUAAGAAUCAACAGCUGAAGUGUAGAAAACUUAUUCCUGAGAUCAGAUACUUGAUGAACACAGUGACAGAGCAUUCCCCAUGUCCUAUUGUCCUUUGAUAGUACAAAAUAUUACUGGUCAGUGCUGUUAUAUUACUGUUGAUCAGGGUUGCUGCUGUUGUUGUUUUUUAACUUUCUUAAAACAUUCUGUUUCUGAUAACUAGUGCUAUUAUAGGUCUAAUGAAAGAACAGUUUUAAAACAAAGCCAAGUCUUUUAUCAGCAAAGGGAACUACAGAAGUUUUCCUUGCAAGUUUGGCAUUCUGUCAAGCAGUACUUUACCUCACCGGUGACUGGAAAACAGUAUUGCAUUACUCUAUGAACUUCUGCGUGCAAUAAGAACUUAUUCCUUAAGGUGUAGCUUUCAAGUGUUCUAAUAAAAUACAUACUGGAUGUAAAGAAAGUGAAACUAAAAUGCUAUGCAGGUCACACCUCAGAGGUAUACCAAUUUUAUUUUGAAGUGUUCAUACCUAUACAAAUAAAGUUUAAUAAACAUUCUGCUGCAUUGCAAAGGAAA